AAAAUAAAAUGGAAAUCUUUUCCCCCUUAAAAAAAAAAUAAAAAUCCAAGCGUAGAAAACAUCGAAGAGCUUUAAAUACAAAUUACCUUUAGGUAGUAAAAUCUUGAAAGUCUUGUGAUGUGAAAAAAAAAUUGUUAUUAAUUGCUAUCAUUUCUAGUCGAUGACGAAAGAGUAGAAUUUAUUAUUUGAAGGCAGGCGAAGGAAGGCAUCCGCAUUAUUCGAGGCUUUCGCCCAACGAGGUUUAUAGAGGUUGCUACCGCAAGGAUCUUCCUAAUUUUUCAGAAACGAUUGGAAUAACAAUGGCAAAGAGUUCUUUCAAGCAAGAGCAUGACCUAGAGAAGAGAAAAGCUGAAGCUGCCAGAAUCAGGGACAAAUAUCCCGACAGAAUUCCAGUGAUUGUGGAGAAGGCAGAGAGGAGUGACAUCCCCAACAUUGACAAAAAAAAGUACUUGGUCCCAGCGGAUUUGACAGUUGGUCAGUUUGUUUAUGUCAUUCGAAAAAGGAUUAAGCUAAGUGCAGAGAAGGCCAUCUUUAUUUUUGUCAACGAUGUCCUCCCUCCCACUGCUGCUAUAAUGUCGUCAAUAUAUGAUGAGCACAAAGAUGAGGACGGAUUCUUAUAUGUUACAUACAGUGGAGAAAAUACAUUUGGCAAUGAAGAUUUGAUUCCUCACUGCUAGCCACAUUGAACAAAGCAGAUUUGGCACCAUAUGAAUUUCAUUGCAUUUAGAGUGAAGAUUCACUCACUCAAUUUAUCUACUAGAACAUGACUAUAACUAUUCUGAUUAUAACUACUGAAUUAUCUGGUAAUCAUCUUUAAUGUUAUUAAGGUAAAGAAAAAUGAAACUGUAUAGGAGUCGUUUGUAAAUAAGUAUUGUGUCCAUGAACAAGACAGGCAACUGUGUUUAGAAAUGUAAAUUCUAUUAUUUCUGAAUAGCAUGUUCAAUUAUGUGUUCUGAAUAUAA